GAGCUGGUCCCGCCGCCGCUGCAGCCCCCGCCGCCGCCUUAGUAGCCGCCGCCAUGAGCAGCUUCGGACCUGGCAAGACCAAAGAAGUUCUCUUCAGCCUGGAGGAAGGAUCCGUGAAGAUGUUUCUUCGGGGGCGUCCAGUGCCCAUGAUGAUCCCCGACUCCCUGGCGCCCACUUACAGCCUGGAUGCCCGUGCAGAGCUACCUGGGAGACGAUUCAAGCUGGACUGGGUCUACGGCUACCGGGGCCGGGACUGCCGGGCCAACCUCUACCUGCUGCCCACUGGGGAGAUCGUGUACUUCGUGGCCUCUGUGGGCGUCCUUUACAGCGUGGAGGAGCAAAGGCAGCGCCACUACCUGGGCCACACUGACGACAUCAAGUGCCUGGCAGUUCACCCUGACAUGGUCACUAUCGCCACAGGACAAGUGGCGGGGACCACCAAAGAGGGCAAGCCACUGCCUCCUCACGUGAGGGUCUGGGACUCGGUCUCCCUCUCUACUCUGCACGUGCUGGGCCUGGGUGCUUUUGACCGAGCUGUCUGUUGCGUGGGCUUCUCCAAAUCGAAUGGAGGAAACCUCCUGUGUGCUGUGGAUGAAUCCAAUGACCAUGUGCUGUCUGUGUGGGACUGGGCCAAAGAGCAAAAAGUGACUGAAGUCAAGUGUUCCAAUGAGGCUGUCCUGGUAGCCACCUUCCAUCCUACUGAGCCCAACCUAAUCAUCACCUGUGGGAAGUCCCACAUCUAUUUCUGGACCCUUGAAGGGGGAAGCCUGAGCAAGAGGCAAGGGAUCUUUGAGAAACAUGAGAAGCCCAAGUAUGUGUUGAGCGUGGCCUUCACAGAGGGAGGCGACGUGGUCACUGGAGAUUCCAGUGGGAACAUCUAUAUCUGGGGAAAAGGAGGGACACGCAUCAGCCACGCGGUGCCUGGGGCCCACGAGGGCGGUGUCUUCGGCCUGUGCGUCCUGCGGGACGGGACGCUGGUGUCUGGGGGCGGCCGGGACCGGCGAGUGGUGCUCUGGGGCCGGGACUACAGCCAGCUGCAGGAGGUUGAGGUCCCUGAGGCUCUUGGGCCAGUGCGCACGGUGGCAGAAGGCCGGGGAGAUGAGCUGUUUGUGGGCACGACCCGCAACUCCAUCCUUCGAGGCUCCGUCCACACGGGCUUCUCUGCCCUGGUCCAGGGCCACACUGAGGAGCUGUGGGGUCUGGCCGCCCACCCCAGCCGGGGCCAGUUCAUCACGUGCGGCCAGGACAAGCAGGUACACUUGUGGAGCGCAGAUUCGCACCAACCCAUAUGGAGCAAGAUCAUCGAGGACCCUGCCCGUUCGGCUGGCUUCCACCCCAGUGGUUCCGUCCUGGCUGUGGGUACAGUCACUGGCAGGUGGCUCCUCCUGGACACCGAGUCGCAUGACCUCGUGGCCAUCCAUACGGACGGUAACGAGCAGAUCUCCGUGGUGAGCUUCUCCCCAGAUGGGGCGUUCCUGGCGGUGGGCUCCCAUGACAACCUGGUGUACGUGUACAGUGUGAGCGAGGGUGGCCGGAAAGUCAGCCGCCUGGGGAAGUGCUCGGGUCACUCCAGCUUUAUAACACAUCUGGACUGGGCGGAAGACAGUUCCUGCUUUGUCACCAACUCAGGGGACUAUGAAAUCCUCUACUGGGAUCCCGCCACUUGUAAGCAAAUCACUAGCGCAGAUACGGUGAGGAACGUGGAGUGGGCUACGGCCACCUGCGUCCUGGGAUUCGGAGUGUUUGGGAUCUGGUCCGAGGGAGCCGACGGCACCGACAUCAACGCCGUGGCUCGAUCCCACGACAAGGCGCUGCUGGCUUCGGCCGACGAUUUCGGCAAAGUGCACCUGUUCGCCUAUCCCUGCUCUCAUCCCAGGGCUCCGAGCCACAAGUACGGGGGCCACAGCAGCCACGUGACCAACGUGGCCUUCCUGUGGGACGAUUCGGCCGCUCUUUCGGCAGGGGGCAAGGACACCAGCGUCCUGCAGUGGCGGGUGGUCUGAGCCCCGGGGGGCCAGCAGGGCCAAGGGGGAAGAGAGCCCCUGCCCGGGGCCUGGACGUUCUAGGACUACGUAGAGAGAAAUAUAA